GCUCUGUUUUGAUCUUUUGAUUUUUUGAUUUGUUGGGUGGGUUGAGGGUUUUUGUGGGUGUGUGGAGUGAUGGACAGAGAAGGAGGAUCCAACGGCGGAUCUUCCUACUACGCCGUCCUCGGGAUCCGCAGGGAUGCCUCCUUCUCUGAUAUCCGCACAGCUUACCGCAAGCUCGCUCUGAAAUGGCAUCCGGAUAGGGCGCGAAGUCAAACGGCGGCGGGAGAAGCCAAGCGGCGGUUUCAGCAAGUCCAAGAGGCUUACUCCGUUCUCUCGGAUCAGGCAAAGCGGUCGAUGUACGACGCCGGGCUCUACGACCCCCUCGAAGAAGAAGACCAGGAAUUUUGCAAUUUCAUGGGUGAAAUGCUGUCCAUGAUGAACAACGUGAAAGACCAGGGGGACAGUUUGGAAGACCUCCAGAGGAUGUUCAACGACAUGGUUGGCGGAGAUGGGAUGAUGGGAUUCGACUUCGGCGACAUGGAUCCGACGGCGAGCAAGAAGCCACGUGUAGGUGCGUCGAGAGGUGCCAAGUCUCGCUGCUAGCGCGAUGCAGCGGAUCAUGUGAAGGAAAUGUUGUUUAUUCAAAAAUCCCCCACCCAAUUGUGUUUUAUUUUAAUUUUCGUUUUUAAUUUGGACUGGAUUAAACUUUUAUUUAAUCCUUAAUUCCCGGAUUAAGAGGUGAUUGGAGGUUAAGGGGGUUAAAUCCAGUUUGUGGGUGGUGACUCGUGUUAGUUGGUGGAUUUGGUAAUUAAAUAAUUCUCCUUUAUUCC